CCCUUCCCCUUCCUCCUCCAUCCGUCCCUUCUCUCUCCUCCUUCCUCCUGGCGGUCGGCGAUGGGCGCGGAUGAGGAGGAGCACCAGUCCCCCGCGCGGAAGCGCGAGCGCAAGGAGGAGGAGCCCGCGGCCGCCGAUGAGAAGCGCUCGCACACGACGGACGAGUCAGAGAACGCCUUGCUGCUGGGGCUCGCCAACUACGCAGAUGAGGAGGAGGAGCGCGGGGCCCCGAGGGGGCACGCGAAUGGCCUGCCCCGGGAGGAGGAGGAGGAAGACGAUGAGGAUGAGGAGGAGGAUGAGAGGAGGGCUCCGGAGAGGCGGCCCAGGCAGGUCGAGCUGUGCCGGGACUGCCCCUACCUCGACAUCAUCAACCGACAGGUUUGCAAGAGAGCGGGUUAAAAUUCUGGACAAGAACAAGCAAUGGUCAAGAGCUCUAGAUGGCUCCAAUUAUUUACCUGGAAUGGUUGGUCUUAACAACAUUAAAGAGACUGACUUUGUGAAUGUCACAAUACAAUCACUGAUGAGGAUUACCCUUCGAGAAAUUUCUUUCUUAUACUUGAAAAUUAUCAGCAUAGCAAAUCCCCACUGGUUCAUCGGUUUGGAGAACUAACUCGUAAGAUUUUUCAUGCUAGGAACUUCAAGGGACAAGUUAGUCCACAUGAGUUCCUUCAAGCUAUUAUGAAGGCUAGUGAGAAGAAGUUUCAGAUUGGUGUACAAUCUGAUCCAGUAGAGUUUAUGUCAUGGCUCUUGAACACACUGCAUGUGAAGCUAAGAACUUCAAAGAAGAAAAAUAUAAGCUAAGAACUCCAGAGAGGCGGCCCAGGCAGGCCGAGCUGCACCGGGACUGCCCCUACCUCGACACUGUCAAUCGACAG